AUGGCCACCGUGGACAAGACUGCGGUCACUCAUUCAGAGCCUGCACAAAAUGGCCGUCCACCUCGUCCUCCACGACCUCCUAGGCCCAACUACAGACAAAUUCACCAGUUUCCUCUUCCGGUCAAUGUACAUCAUGUUCCUCCUGUAAUUCCUCAUAACCCUCUUUCUCUCAUAAGCGUCGCUCUCUCGUACCUCACGUUCCUUAUAUCUCCACCUUGUCCUCAGGAAGUCUACACGGCCUACUUUGACAAAGCCACAUCAUCAAUUCAUGUCACGGAUGAGAAGGCCAUUAAUGCCUUAUGGCAGAUGGGGUUCUUUGGGAAGGGUAAUCUCAGUCGAAGUGAACCCAGUUGGCUAGCGCGAGAGAGGAAAAGAAGAGGGUUACAUGAUGGCAAGACCAGCGAGGAAAUUACAAGACUGCGACGGACAGAACGCCGUGAAUUGAAGCUAGAGCGUGCCCGAAUGGAGAAAUUGGCCAUUGAAGAAAGACUCAAGGCGGAGGCAGCUGCAAGAGAAGCAGGAGCUUCUUUGCUUGUCGAUCAGGCUACUCAGUCUGCUGCAGACGAUACGAAUAAUAGCCCAGCGGCUGUAGCAGAGAGAUUCUCCUUGAAGAAGGCAAAGGAAGCUCGCGCACUGGAGCUUCGGCAGGCCCGCGAGCUCGCAGCGCAAACCGCGGCCGCCGAACAGAACCAACCCGAGAAUUUGCCUAACGGUAAAUCAGUACGAUUCUCGCCAGUCGUGCAAAAGAAAGAAUUCGUAUCUACAUCGCCUUCCUCAUUACAAUUGCCAGACUCUGUCGUUGAUGCUCCCGAGGUGUAUGAUUUCCCGAAUGAAGAGCACCUUCAACUCUCAAAUGAAGAGGCAUUCUUCCUCGCCUAUUCGCUUGGAGCCUUGCAAGUCUUCGACGGACCCGUAAAGACAGGAGAGACUCAAUCACAGUCGCCGACCACCAUCCCAGGCCUUCUCAAACAGUUCUGCCACCACUCCUUCCAACCUGCUCGUGAUGGCUCCGCAUCCAUCCAACCAGAUGAUCCCUUCAUGAUAUCCUACACAGUCUAUCAUCACUUCCGGUCCCUCGGUUGGGUCAUCCGCUCUGGUGUGAAAUUCGGAACCGAUUACCUGCUCUACAAUCGCGGUCCUGUCUUUUCCCACGCUGAGUUCGCCGUCGUGGUCAUUCCCUCCUACAUCCACCCCUACUGGUCGGAGACGGAAGAACGAAAGAACUACACUGCGGAGAAGCAGGCCCGGAGUUGGUGGUGGUUGCACUGCGUGAACCGUGUGCAGGCUCAGGUGUUGAAGAGCUUGGUCCUGUGCUAUGUGGAAGUACCUCCGCCUGCGUCAUCAAUCGAUGAUAUCGGGGCAGUGUUUGGCCAAUACAAGGUGCGUGAGUUCCUCGUCAAGCGAUGGACUCCGAAUCGCACUCGUGAUUGA